AAAUUGAAGCUUUAUAUAAGUUUGUUCUUCAAUGAAUAUGUUCUCUUGCAGUAUGGUCGCAUAUUGGACAUUGAAUUGAAGAUUCCACCGCGUCCUCCUUGCUAUUGUUUUGUGGAGUUUGAGAAUGCCAGGGAUGCAGAAGAUGCUAUACGAGGUCGAGAUGGCUAUAACUUUGAUGGUUGUCGGUUGAGGGUUGAGCUUGCACAUGGCGGCAGAGGCCCAUCAUCUUCUAGUGAUCGCCGUGGUGGUUAUGGUGGAGGAGGUGGCGGCGGCGGGGGGCGGUUUGGUGUUUCCCGCCAUUCAGAUUAUCGGGUUAUCGUCCGCGGGCUUCCUUCUUCUGCUUCUUGGCAAGAUCUAAAGGAUCAUAUGCGGAAAGCUGGGGACGUCUGUUUUGCUGAAGUUUCUCGUGAUAGUGAAGGAACCUAUGGUCUGGUUGAUUAUACCAAUUAUGAAGACAUGAAAUAUGCUAUCCGUAAGCUUGAUGAUAGUGAGUUCAGAAAUCCAUGGACCAGAACUUAUAUCAGGGUAAAAGAAUACAAGGGCACUCCAUCAAGAAGCCGAAGUAGGAGUCGCAGUAGAAGCAGAAGCCCGAGGAGGAGAAGCAAAUCACCAGGCCGUUCUGUUUCUAGGUCUCCAUCGGCAUCUCCUGUUAAACCUUCCAGACCGAGGUCAAGGUCUAGGUCAAGAUCAAGGUCGAAGUCGAGGUCUCCAUCCCCUCGCCCGGCUAGGUCUGGCAGCCCCUGAUUUUUUCGGAGUCAAAUGCGAAUAUUCUGUAGCUUCUGCAGUGCAAGAGUAUCCGGUCGUUACAUUAUUCAUGUAUCUAGCGCUGCAGACUUGGACUAAUCACUCUGGAUUGAAACAUUUAGAACUUGGAUGUUUUGCGUCGGGCACUCUGGGGUUGUUAUUAAACCAUAACUUGCUCUUAAUUGUUGUCUCGAUUGCUGGAGAUUUGUUAGGUCAUGUUUUUGUGUACCUUACUAGACGUCGGUAUAUUCUAAAGCUAUCUGGACAGCUUUUGUUGAAUUAGAAUGUUUCAAUGGUGACUUUUAUUAUGUUAUUUUUUAU